GUAAUGGUAAGCUGUGCUGUAGCAAGUUGUAGGAAUACUUCGGCAAAAAUAACCAAAAAUAAAGAUGGAAUUACAUUCCACAGGUUUCCCAGAGACAGAGAAAGAAGAAAGCAGUGGGAGCUAGCAGUAAACAGAGAAGAAGAAUGGUGUUCAACUGCCUCCAGUGCUGUUUGUUCUGAACAUUUUGAAACGAAAGACUUUUACUUGACUGAGAGUGGGCUCCGGCGCUUGUCCGUUGAGGCUGUGCCUGCUAUUAACAUUUCUCCGUGCCAAGAACCAGAACCAACUAUAUCCCGAGUCCAACCAGUUGAUGUUCAACCCACAGAUACAGAAGAAGUUAUACAAUUAAAAUAUAGAGUCCACAGAUUAGAAAUAAUAGCAGAGAAUAGAAAGAAAAGACUGAACCUCAUGUGGCAAGGAAAUAGAAGACUGCGGAAGAAGUUGGAAAGAAUGAAAUGUUUGAUCAAACAUUUGAUCAAAAAUAAAAAAGAAAACGGCAGUAUUAGCUGAGUUGUCAAUAAUGUUGACAUAAGUACUGAUGAUUAAGAUUCCUAAAUACCUUUUCUAGUUGAAAUGUUGUGCUACAAUUUUAUUGUAUAGAGGUACUAAAGAAAACUCAAUUAGGUUUUUUUAUUUAAUUUAUUGUGUUUAAUAAGAAACAAUAACAUUAAAAUUAUAAGAAAAUGUAUACAAUAAAGUACCUAACUGGAAAUUAAAUAUCGAUUUAUAAAAAUGUGGCAAUGGUAACACUGAAAAUAUCAUCUAUAGAUACUUCUUUUAUAAAAUUAUGUGACUGAUUAUAUUUUUAUUUAUGUUACACUGUGGCUGAAUUAAAAACAACAUUUAAUUAUUAUUUGAUGAAAUCUACUUUACAAAAAUCAUUGUUUGAAUUUGAAUUAUUAAUAAAUCAUAAAUUAAUGUUGUUUAAGAUGACUAAUUAAACUAUUUCCUUCUGUUGACAUGUAAUAUUCUAGCAAUUUAACUUUGAUUAAAGAAAUAUAUUUAAUGAGAAUU